AACGACAACACCACCCACCACAGUCGCCCAACAUGGUCAAGAAGCGCGCAUCCAACGGUCGCAACAAGAAGGGCCGCGGCCACGUCAAGCCAAUCCGCUGCAGCAACUGCUCGCGAUGCACUCCAAAGGACAAGGCAAUCAAGAGAUUCACCAUCCGCAACAUGGUCGAGUCUGCUGCUAUCCGUGACAUUUCUGACGCCUCUGUAUUCUCCGAGUACGCCGUGCCAAAGAUGUACCUCAAGCUCCAGUACUGCGUCUCCUGCGCCAUCCACGGCAAGAUUGUUCGUGUCCGUUCCCGCGAGGGUCGCCGCAACCGUGCUCCACCACCACGUGUGCGAUACAACAAGGACGGCAAGAAGGUCAACCCAACCCAGACCACCAACAAGCCACCCGGCGCUCAGGCAUAAGCGAGACGACCGCACGAGGCAUUAUGGGACUGGGACGGAGUUCACGGGACAUAUGAAAUGGAGAAGAGGCGCAACUUGAAAGAGCCAGCAUGAGAUUGGCCGCGCUAUAGUGCCAUGGAUAGCUUCUGAAUGAAUCGAAGUUUCACAACCCAGA